GGGGCGCGUGCCUGUGUUGUGUCAGUGUGAACAGACGGAGCGGAGGGUUCGUUUGUUUCUCUGAACUCUGACUGAUCGGCUUCACAUCGAUUAUCGAUCAGUGGUUAUUAGUUUGUUUGUUUGUUUGUUUGUUUGUUGUAGUUUAAACCCUUAAUGUAAAAACUACAAACAUAGUUUACGGCGGUGACGUAGAGCAGCGUGUGAGAGGAGCAGGAAACACGUGCGCUCACAGCAGCAGAGCUGACAGCUCACAGCGAAUACUGACGGUUACUGGUGACACUGGUUUAAGUGACGGGGUCAUGAACUGGUGUCUCAGACAGACGGUGUGAGCUGAAGACACGUCACGGACAGAGCGCUGAUGGAUGAGUCUCCCAGCAGACAGGAGGACGAGGACUCGUCUCCGUCCUCGCCUCACGCAGUGGUGGUUACUCAGUGUGACUCCGCCCCCCUGCUUUGGAGGGUGGAGGACCUGCGGUCGGUGAGGUCUCAGGGCCUGGUGGGGGCGCUGCUGGGUUCGCUGCCCCGGACGCCCCGACAGAACACUCGACUGGGCCGACCGCUGCUGCUGCUGCCAGAGGAGGAGAGACUGCUGAGGGAACGCCGCACCGCAGCCGCCGCCGCUGCUCCGCCUGCUGCCGACCAGUAUGGAGGAGGGGCGAAGCUCCGUCUGCAGGUGCAGCAGCACCAGGAGGAGCAGGAGAGGAGUUACCAGGAGCAGAGCAUCCUCGCUCUGGAGGACAGGAAGUCAGCACUGCUCCGAGCCAUGACCUCAUCACACACAGAGUCUGGAUCUGGGCCUGCAGACGAGGCCCUGCGGGGCCGCCUGGAGGGCCUGCACCGCAGCUUCACCUUCCCUCGCUCAGCGAUGGCGGUCCAGCUGAGCACAGCGAGGGCGGGGCUUUCUUACUGCCCCGAGGCCCUUGCCUUCCUGCAGGCUGACGGGCCAAUCAGAGGACAGGACGAGUCAUGCUGCAGUGCCAGGUACCAGGUGUUCAAAGACCUGAGGGGGCGGGGCUUCUACCUGACCUCAGCGGUGAAGUUUGGAGGAGACUUCCUGGUGUACCCAGGUGAUCCUCUUCGUUUCCACGCUCACUUCAUCGCUGUCUGUCUGUCCCUGGACGAGUGCCUCUGUCUGCUGGACGUCCUUGCCGUGACUCGUCUGGGGUCCAACGUGAAGAAGACUGUCCUGCUCUGCUCUCCGGGGCCGGACGGACGAGUCCUGUACACCUCGUUACAGUGGAGCGGGAUGGUUUAGAUCUGUGGUUCUCAACGUCAGCCUUGUAUACAUACAUACAUACAUACAUACACCAAUCAGCCAAAAAAUUUGAACCACUGGUGGCUGAAGUGAGUCGCAUUGAUCAUAUUGUUACAGUGCAAUGUUCUCUUGGGGAACUUUUGGUCCAGAAAUAAAUGAGGACGCCACUUGAUGCGCUAGACCAUGCCAGUGGCCCCCCAGCAGGACAAUGCACCAUGCUACACUGCAGAAACUGCUCAGGAAUGGUCUGAGGAACGUGUCAGAAAGCUAAAGGCAUCAACCUGGCCUCCCAAUACCCCAGGUCGAAAUCUGAUUGAGCAUCCAUGGGACGUGCCGGUACUUCAGAGGUACCCCCAAUCCAUGGUGGGGCCUCCCUGGAUUGGACCUGUCUCUGACAUGUCAAGACAUGGACACAGGACCUCUGGAAGGUGUCCUGUGGUGUCUGGAACCGGGUGGUUACUUAGCCCACAGCAGUGUUUGGUCGGGUGGAGGGCAUCAAGUAGCAUCCACAUGAAUCCCAUGACCCAAGAUUUCCCAACAGAACAUUGCACUGUAACAAGAUGAUCAAUGUUAUUCACUUCACCCACCAGUGGUUUUAAUGUUUGUAAUGUUCAUUCAUUGUGCUAAAUAAGAAAAGUCACCUUGUCAGGUUCAGAUGACGUACCAAUACUAUUGUGCGUCCCUGGUCUCAGACCCUCCUUUCAUAAGAUUUGGUCUCAGAGACCUCUGACUCAAAAGGUAUUUGUUCGAUCAGAACUCUACAGCUGAGGAGAUCACCCUGGAACUACCUCAAGGACCCCUGAGGGUCCCCGGGCCCCUGCUUGAGAACCCCUGAUUCAGAUAACAGAUCAGUACUGUGGCCUAAGACCUGAUCAGGAAGCUGAACCUGAACCUUAGUCCAGUUCAGACCAAAGAUUCAUGACGAGAUGAAACUGUUUUAGAAUGUUACAGAGAAAAGUGUCAGCGGUGUGAACUGGACGCAGAAUGGUCUGAUGAUGUCACCUGAUUCUCAGCUGGUCAAACCACCGGCGGCUGGUUCAGGAACAGAUGGGGGGACAUUUGGUCAGAUACUGAACUGGUGGGUGAGUCGUCCAUGUUUUUACAGACGUGGGUGGAAACUGUAACUCGACUGAUUCAUGGAGACAAAAACCAUGAUGUGAUGAUUCUAGUUUACAGAAGAAAGUUAAAAUUAUAAAA